GGCAGCCGGGCGAUGGCGAGGAGCCGGGCGGCGUACGAGUACACGGAGGCGGAGGACAAGAGCAUGCGGCUGGGUUUCCUCCUCAUCGCCGCCGGCUUGCUCUCCCUCUUGGGUUUGGGUUGUUGCUGGCUUCGCCCGGCGCUGCAGGAGCGGGGCGGCGGCGGCUCCGCCAACUGCACGGUGCUGGCCGUGCGGCAGCUGGGGGAGCGCUUCGCCUGCACCUUCUCCUGCGGGGCCGCCUGCCGCGGCACCGCCCGCUACCCCUGCCUCCAGGUGCUGGUCCGCACCUCCCGCUCCUCCGCACCCGCCCUGCUCCAUGAGGACGAGCGGCAGCUGCGCACCAACCCCAAGUGCUCAUACAUCCCUCCCUGUGCAAGAGACGAUCAGGAGAACUCUGAGAACGUCACGUACAAGCAGAAAUACUGGAAAGAGAAAGUGGGUUCUCAACCAUUUACGUGCUAUUUUAACCAGCACUUGAGGCCGGACGAUGUGAUGCUGAAGCGCACCCACGAUGAGACUGUUCUCUUGCACUGCUUCCUCUGGCCCAUGGUGACUUUCCUGGUUGGAGUCCUCAUCGUGGUCCUGACCAUCUGCGCCAAGAGCUUGGCUAUCAGGGCAGAGGCAAUAAAAAAGAAGAAGCAUUUGUGA